AAUUUUGCAUUUUCGAUCUUUUUUUAUUCUAUUUUCUUUCUCCCCCAAUUCCCUUUUCUUUCUCAGUCUUUUCUUUGCUUGACUAAAGUAUACAAACCUUGUUAUUCUAUUUUAUACCGCCAAAUCCUCUCAGUUCUGCUCUACAGAUAUAUUACCUUCCCUAUCCACAUUAUUUGAUUUCCUGAAACCCUAAACACCCAAUGGGGUUUCAGCAUCAGAAGGUGCCUUUUCAUGGAAGCCAGAGAAUUGUGAUACACCAAAGGUUGCUGAAUGUUUUACCAAGGUUGCGGAAACAAAGUUUGCGGUACUAAAUUGUGAACUCAUUUUCCCAAAGUUCUACCAUAUUGCAAAAUAUUUGUAACAUCGGUAUGUUCUUUAUUUAUUCUGAAGUAAUGUUUCUUGGGCCGCAGAUUAAGGUAGAGGAGUUCUUCAAUUUGUUUCUUUCGGAUAAUGCUGUUAAUUUCGUUAAAUCUUUUCAUAGAAGGUGUGGAGAUAAAGAAUUUAAGUGCUCUUCAUGGUGCCCUCAUGACAAAUUUGGACAUGUCCGUGAUGUGUCAUUUCAACAUCCAAUAAAAAUUUACUUUGGUGCAAAAUUUGAUAGCUGCCAGGAGGCCCAGAAAUUUCGAAUUUACAGAAACAGUCACUUGGUUAUAGAGACAUCACAAGGGAUCAGUGAUGUACCAUAUGGAGAUUAUUUCCGUGUAGAGGUACAAGCUAGACCUGAGCUCCCUUGAAAUGCGUUAACGUGUAAAGUGCUCUUCUGCUCUCCAUUCCCUAGUUUGCCACUAUUAUGGGUCAGAAUUUUCAGAGACAGAGGAAAAUUGUGUUUUAGCCCUUCAAGUUGAGAACUAUAUACAAAAGCAUGAUGUUGUGUCCACAUUUUGUUGGUGUAUGUUCAUGCAAUAUAUAUUGGAGACAAAUUUGUCCAUUGCAUUUCAAGAAGUUUACAUUUUGAGCUGAAAUGGAAUUAAAUUAUUUGAUCACUAUAA